GCCCGAGCGUGGGGCUUGUUGCACGUGGGGCGCGGACUGAGGGUGCAGAGAAGGGGGCGGCGCGCGCGUGCGUGUGCCGCGUAGUGGUGUUCGGUUGGGUUUUGAGUGUGGAACGAUUCGAUGCCGUCUGUAGUGGCUGAGAUUCCCGCGGCUGCAUCUCGGGGCUUCCUGGGGUGAGUCCCCUUCAUGAUCUGUCACCAGUGGUCUCGGAGACGCACCUCGCCGUGGGAACAUGAAUCUCUUACCUAAAAGCUCCAAGGAGUUUGGCUCUGUUGACUAUUGGGAGAAGUUCUUCCAACAGCGAGGGAAGAAAUCUUUCGAAUGGUAUGGAACCUACCUGGAACUCUGUGAAGUGCUGCACAAAUACAUCAAGCCCAGGGAAAAGCUGCUUGUGAUUGGCUGUGGCAACUCAGAGCUGAGUGAGCAACUGUAUGAUGUGGGCUAUCAAGAUAUCGUGAAUAUUGACAUCAGUGAGGUGGUAAUCAAGCAGAUGAAGGAGCGCAAUGCCAGCCGACGCCCCCACAUGAGCUUCUUGAAGAUGGACAUGGCACAGAUGGAGUUUCCUGACGCCACAUUCCAGGUGGUGUUGGACAAGGGCACGCUGGAUGCCGUCCUGACAGACGAGGAGGAGCAGACCUUGCAGCGGGUGGACAGGAUGCUGGCUGAGGUUGGCCGGGUCCUGCAGGUGGGCGGUCGCUACCUCUGCAUCUCCCUGGCGCAGGCUCACAUCCUGAAGAAAGCAGUGGGUCACUUCUCUCGGGAGGGGUGGAUGGUGAGGGUACACCAAGUGGCCAGCAGCCAGGACCAGGUGUCUGAAGCAGAGCCUCGGUUCUCCCUGCCUGUCUUUGCCUUCGUCAUGACCAAGUUCAGGCCAGUCCCUGGCUCUGCCCUUCAGAUCUUUGAGCUGUGUACUCAGGAGCAGGGCAGGCCUGUGCGGCUGGAGAGUGCCGAUGGACUGGCUGAGGCCGUGCGGGAGCGGCAGCACUAUGCUUGGCUGUGUAGUCAGCUGCGCCGCAAGGCUGGGCUGGGGAGUGUGUCUCUGGACUUGUGCAGUGGGGACACUGGGGAGCCACGCUACACCCUCCACGUGGUGGACAACCCCACUGUGAAACCAUCGCGGGACAGUCAUUUUGCCAUUUUUAUCAUACCCCAGGGCCGAGAGACCGAGUGGCUCUUUGGCAUGGACGAGGGCCGGAAGCAGCUGGCAGCCAGCGCAGGCUUCAGGAGGUUGGUCACAGUGGCUCUUCAUCGCGGCCAGCGGUAUGAUGGCAUGGAAAGCAUUCAAGCAGAGCUGUCAACCAGAGUCAUGGAGCUGGCCCCGGCGGGGAUGCCUCCCCAGCAGCAGGUUCCCUUCCUGUCUGUGGGUGGGGACAUUGGAGUCCGGACUGUUCAGCAUCAAGACCACAGUGCCCUGAGUGGUGACUAUGUUAUUGAGGACGUGCAAGGGGAAGAUAGGUGGUACUUUCGGCGGCUCAUCUUCCUCAGCAACAGGAACGUGGUGCAGUCAGAAGCCAGAUUGCUGAAGGAGGUGUCUCACCGAGCCCAGAAGAAACGGAAAAAGGACAGGAAGAAACAGCGGCCUGCUGAUGCUUCUGAGGACGUCCCUCCUGCCCCUGGGCAGUCCAUCGAUAAGAGUUACCUCUGCUGUGAACACCAUAAAGCCAUGAUUGCUGGCCUUGCCCUGCUGAGAAACCCAGAGCAGCUCUUAGAGACUCCACUGGCAUUAUUGGUGGUGGGUCUAGGAGGAGGUAGCCUCCCCCUCUUCGUUCAUGAUCAUUUCCCAAAGUCUCGUGUGGAUGCUGUUGAGAUUGACCCCUCCAUGUUGGAAGUGGCCACCCAGUGGUUUGGCUUCUCCCAGAGUGACCGGAUGAAGGUUCACAUUGCAGAUGGCCUGGCCUAUAUUACCAGCCUGGCGGAAGGAGAAGCUCGACCCCACUAUGAUGUGAUCAUGUUUGAUGUAGACAGUAAGGAUCCGACACUGGGAAUGAGUUGUCCUCCCCCAGCGUUUGUGGACCAACUUUUUCUGCAGAAGGUCAAAAGCAUCCUGUCUCAUGAAGGUAUCUUUAUCCUUAACCUUGUGUGUCGUGAUGUGGAGUUAAAGGACUCAGUGCUGGCUGGACUGAAGGCAGCCUUCCCUCUCCUGUAUGUCCGGCGAAUUGAGGGCGAAGUGAAUGAGAUCCUGUUUUGUCAGCUGCAGCCAGAGCAGAAGCGGGCUACACCAGAGCUCCUGGAAAUGGCCCAGGCUCUGGAGCGGACCCUGAGGAAGCCUGGGCAGGGUUGGGAUGACACCUAUGUCCUGUCAGAUAUGCUGAAAACUGUAAAGAUUGUGUGAUCAGCUUUCUGCCCAGACUGAUGUGCACUGGGCUGCUGGAGUAUGACACACAGGUCUUUUAGACCUCAUGUUUUUCUUGGUGACAUCCCUCCGACCUUUUGAGAUGGGAGGCAGUCCCAGGGAUGAUUGCUUUGAUUUUUUUUUAGAAGUGUGGUUAUGGAUGAAGAAUGGGACUGGUCAUCUGCUUCUGGAGGCUGAGGGAAGGCCAAGGGAGAAGUUACAGUUAGGCAGUGUCCUGCUGUGGAUCUUCAGUGUCUUCCCAAAGGUCAUAUGUUGAAAGGUGACUCGGGCUUUGUGGAGGAGGUUAGGUCACCGGUGUGCCCUUGAAGGACUAUAGAGACUCUGGCUUUUCUCUUUUGGCCACUGUCACGUGAAGCACUCAAACUACCAUAUCUUCCUUCCCGUGAUGCCCUGCUUCACCUCAAGCCCAAGGACAAUGUUGGAAAGUUACCAAGGUCUGCCCACUCAUGGCCUAGAACCAUGACUAAGCCAAUAAAUCUUUCUUCCUUGCAA